AAUAAACAGAGAAGAGAGAGAAGAAAGCUAAGAAAAAAAAUAAAAACGAAGCAAAUUCAAUGUAAUAUGGAAGAUUAUAGAAAAAAAACCGAGGUUUUACGUGAAAAGUACAAGGAAUAUCUGAAACCAAUAGAUCCGUUGCGACCACUUGGUCGUGAGCCCUCCGAGCUGAUGCCGCCGCCUGGUAAAAAGGUGCAAACUUGCUUUAACCUAAAGGAAAAGUUUCCCAGGGGCGAAGAGCUGAUCAGAACGUUGGGCAAACGGACCAUGCUUGAUAGGCUUGAGGAAUAUAAUCAAUUUAAGGUGCCGCUUCAAUGCCCAUGCCAAGCCAUUACCCAAGGCGGCGAUCCAGCCAGAAAGAAGAAGCGCGGAAUUGGCCCAACCAAGGCUAAGAAACCAAAAAAGGAGCCCCAGCAUAUCGUAUGCUCCGUUAACAAUCUGCCCCCCGCCUUUAGCGAUCCGCAACCAAUAUCCCAGCCAACUUCCGUUGACACGAUAGCUACCCGUUAUACGAAUGGCAGCCUGCCGACUGCAGCGCCCGUCGUUAGGAACAUCAAAAGGGAUAAGGAUAUAAGCCAGCAGGCCAUCACCAGCCAGCGCAAGUACAUACGUGCCAAGGCAGCCGAGAUUCAAAAGAAGUCCGUGGCCCUGCAGCAAAAGAUGGCCAAGCCGAAGGCUAGCCCAACGCCGAGGAAGGCACUGCAAAAGAAGCCAAAUGUGGACGAAAGCUUGGGUGGCGUAAAGUUGAAGCGAACUGCCCCAAAGAAGCUACCUUUGCCGAAGAGGCCAGCUGCGUCAAAGAAGGCAUCUGCAUUGAAGAAGCAGCCAAAAAAAACUGCAACAUUCGCUGAGAGCUCAUCGUUGCCGGUCACGCCAAGGAAAACGGCUGGCGGGAAAUCGAACCAGCUGCCAAAUACUUUGAACAUGAUUGGACCGAGCUCGACGCCAACUACGCCGGGCAAACAAUUUAUCCCACAACAGAUGCAGCAGCCAACGACUCCGACCAUGGGAAGAAAUACGUGUGGACUGAAUACGAUGCCAACUACUCCUGGGCAAGCAUUUGUUUCGCAACAGUUGCAACAGCCCAUAACUCCAACGACGGAAAGGUGCUCCUAUGGAUUGAAUCCGAUGCCAACUACUCCUGGGAAGCAAUUUAUGCCGCAACAACCAACAACUCCGACCACGGGUAGGAGUACGUGUGGAGCAAAUUCGAUGCCAAAUACUCCUGGAAAACAAUCUAUUCCACAACAGAUGCAUCAGCCGACAUUUGCGACCAUGCGACGGAACUCUUGUGGGCCUAACUCGAUGCCAACCACUCCUGCCCAGCCCUGUAUACCGCAGCAGAAGCAGCAACCAGCAACGCCAACAGAUGCAAGUCUAUGUGGAAUAACAGCCAAGCGAACCAAUCCAACAAGGCCGAUGAUGCCAGCGCAGAAGCCGCUGCAAACAACUACAACCAUGGAAGGGAACGCAGGUGCCCCUAAUUCCAUGCCAACCUUGGCUGGUCAACAAUUUGUGCCACAACAGAAGCAGCAAACAGAGACACCAAUAGAUGCAAGUUUAUGUGGCAUAACAUCCAAGCGAACUAACCCAACGAGGCCGGUGGUGCCGGCACAGAAACAAGCACAAGUUACUCCAGCGAUGGGAGGGAGCUCAAGUGGACGCAAUUCGAAGCCAACUAUUCCUGCGAAAUCAUUUGUGUCAGAGACGCCAAUAGAUGGAAGCUUAUGUGGCAUAACAUCCAAGCGAACUAAGCCAACCAGGCCGGUGGUGCCAGCACAGAAACAAAUUCAUGCUGCUCCGGCCAUGGGUGGGAGCUCAAGUGGACGCAAUUCGAAGCCAACUUCUGGGCAACAAUAUGUCCCACAACAGAUGCAGCCAGCGAGCUUAAGAGGGAGCUCGUGCGGACCGAUUUCGAUGGCAGCUACUGCUGGGAAAUUAUUCGUUCCACAACAGAAGCCACCACAGCUGACAACGCCAUCCGAUGGAAGUUUGUGUGAACCAACAUCUAAGCGAGCUGGUCCAACGAGGAACGUGGUGCCACCGCAAAAGCAGCCACAAACAACUCUAGCCAUGGGCGAGAAAUCAAUGCCAACUAUUCCUGGACGGUCGUCACUGGCAACAACUGCCUCAAUGGGAGGGAAAUCAUUUGGACUUAACUCAUUGCCAACUAUACCUGGUCAGCAUUCUAAUCCACAGCAGCCAAGGAAGCCGUUCGUGCCACUGCAGAUGCAGCCCUCAACAACGCCCAAUAUGGUUGAUAACUUAUUGGGAAUAACUUCAAAGCCAACUAACCCAAGGAGGCCGGUUGUGCCACCCAAGAAGCCGAUAGCAAAUGCUCUAAGCGGCACUGAAAAUUUAUUGGGAAUCACAUCCAAGCCAACGAAUCCAAGGAGGCCGGUUGUGCCACCCAAGAAGCCGAUACCAAACACGCUAAAACUAAAUGAAAAUAUAUUAGGAAUCACAUCCAAGCCAACGAAUCCAAGGAGGCCGGUUGUGCCGCCCAAGAAGCCGUUACCAAACACUCUUAACGUUAAUGAAAAUAUGUUGGGAAUAACAUCAAAGCCAACUAACCCAAGGAGGCCGGUUGUGCCACCCCUAAAGCAAAUGCCAAAAACGUCAACCAUGGGCGAUAGCUUAUUGGGAAUAAUAUCAAAGCCCACCAAUCCAAGGAGGCCGGUUGUACCACCACGAAAGCAGCAGUCAACCGAUCCAAGCAAUAGUGGGAUUAUUGAAAUGCCAACUACCACAAGGAGAACGGUUGCGUCCCAGCAGCUACCCAAAGGUCCAACGGUGGGAGGGAAUAAGAAUGGACUUAAUUCGAUGCCCGCCUUGGACUGGUUCGAUUAAAGCGCUAGCAUCCCAAUUGUAUCAAGUUUGUAUAAUGCUUGAGAUGCGGAC